AUCCAGUCGCGGAGUGGCGGAUGCAAGUCUUGGCGGACUUGCGCCGUGAGCAACGUUACUGCUGAGGGAGACGCGCAUGCGCCCUGCGCCGCAUUAGAGCAGACGUGUGAACGUGAAAAUCCGUAGGGUUUGAUACAUACGGUUUCGUUAGUGUGUUGUGUGAAGUGUGGCAUGGGCACGUGUGCGGGAUGCGACGACGCACGUCCUACGCUGGUGCGGAUCCGGCUGUUCGCCAGCGUUGUGUUGUGAAUGGGCCUCGUGUGCGGUGCUGGUGACAAGAAGUGGAAUUGGUACUGCUGCGGCUACUGCAGGUUGGGCAGACGAAAUUCCUAGGCCUAACGAUAUUCAACGAUUCAUCGAAAGAUGCACAGUGGUACUGCCGACAGACUCCGGAUAGGCAACGAAGUGAGGGAACUGAAACUCGGCCGCAGUUUCUCAAGCAGCUCCGGCUCGGCAUUCCAUUCCAUUAGGUACGACUUCAAGCCGGCCUCUGUAGAUACGUCCAAGUCUGCCAACGUCGAAGUGGGAGAGAAGAACCAAAUCACUGUGACUGUGCCGCACAUCGAGGGCUCCGGCACUGCGCACACGGUAUUCAAGGGCUCGCAGCGGCCUUACCAGCGGGAGUGUGUCCUGGUCGUCGACAACGUCACUGGCGAAGUAACCCUCGAGAGGCUCAGCUGUAACAUCCAGCUCAAGAAGACCAGAGCCGAAGGAAGCAGCAAAAUCCAGCCGCGGCCCAUCACCCCCAUCGACAGCGGCAGCAGCGGUGGCGGAGGAGGAUCACGCAAGCAUUCUCCGUCGCAGAAGCUUUCCCCUCCUCAGCCACAGACGAAUGGCAAGCACAGCUGGUCCUCGAGCUCCCCCAAUGGGCCACAUCAAUCACAGUCACAAUUGCAGCAGCGCUCUAGCCAACAGCAGCCAAGGAUCUCUCCAAGCCAACCGCAAGUGCAGCGUAGCAGCCCCCCUGGCAGCCAGAGCAGCCCUUCUAUGCCAACCCUGUUGACACCUAGGGAGGGAGGUGGCUCCUCAAGCCGUGCUCCUUCAGCAAGCAGGGACAGCAUGCCACUGCUGACCACUGAGACUCUCCAUGACGGCCAAGAAGAAGUUCCUGACGUGGGCGUGUUGUCGGACUCUAGUGAUUCGAGCAACUCUACUAGCAAGAGCUCUGCCAGCUCGGACUCCAGUGACUCUGAACACGAAGAUGCUCCACCGACACCACACAGAAACUCUUCCUCUCAGCCUUCACACUCUUCCAGGGGUCAUCAUGCCACAGUAAAUGGAACAAAUGGCCAGCACUCCAAUAAUGCUUCCCUCUCAAGCAUGCCUAGGUUUAGCCAACUGAGUGAAGAUCUGCGCUUAAGUGAAUCUGGCAGCGACAGCGACGACUAAGCACUCCUAGCCAACAGCAGGUAGUAGCUCCAAGCUACAUUAGCAUGAUUAAAUAAGUGGAAAGGGGCUUGCCUCCUUGAGGACAAAGAGGCACAGUCUCAAGGAGGUGAAAACACUUCGGCUCACGGCCAUGGCGCACUUCUCCCUGUUUUCUCUCACUCAUAUACAGAGCAGAGUGGGUACAACGAGAGAGACUGGCAGUUGCUUUUUCUUUCCUUUCCUACGUGUGGCACUGGGGAAGCCAGCAAGGCAAGCUCUGUGAAUGUGGAGCAGUGACUUCGUGUUCAGUUUCUGUGCGGUCUGUGUGUGCUUGGGCAAUGCAGUGUGUUCUCAUGUUGUUGUUUUUUUAACAGUGUGUUUCCCUCAUUGUUCAUGGAAUGUUUGAGCACAUUAUUUGUGCAUUAUUACCAAUGCUUUUACAGCAAUCUUCUUUUUUUUUAGUUCACACUUUUUUUGUACUGCAUUUUCUCCUCAGUAAUAAUAAUUGUGCAAAACAGAAUGAUGGGUGAGAGAGACUACUGCUGCUAUAGGUUAUUCACGUGCAUGCUGACGUGUGAUUGUGUGUUUUCUUGUUAUCAUUUGAUUACUGCAAAAUACUUUAUAUAAAAUAAAGAGAAGAGUUUGUAGGACUACAGAAUUUUGUCACAUACUAUUUACUUAAGCUUGAAGUGUUGUCACCAUUGUUUUAAUUUGCUCAUUGGAAGAGAGGCAAGUGAAUGCUGGCUGGGGCCAUUACUGCGUAACACAUCCACGCUAAUUUUUUGGUUGUUCGCUUUUUGUUACAAAUUUAGGUGGCCCCAGGCACUGCCAUUAUUGCUCACAUUGGCCAUUUGGUGGGAAUGGGUGUUGGAAAAAGAAUGAAAUAAAAGGAAAGAAUGACAUGUUUUGGACUAGAAUGUGCACACCUCAUUCGUUAUGACAAAUAUUGUGACAGACAUUUUAGUUCUAUGGGUGCAUAACUGCUUUGUGCAUUGUACUACGGGAGUAAUGCACCUUGCUCUCAAUCUAGUAGCGUUCUUGCAUUGUGCAUAGGAUGCAAUUGCAGGAUUAGCUUGGCAAGUUGUAAUGUGAUCCAUUGUCCUAUUUGGGACAGGCUGCACACCAGUUGAAAUCUGUACUGCAUAAUGCUCUUAUGGCAAUGCUCGCCUGCCAGGAGUCUUAUACUUAUCGCACAAGGUGGUUGAAGCUUGUGCACAAAGAUUGUAACAUUCUCCAUCUCAGAGUUUCAUACAGUACUACGUAUGGGGGUAGAAAUCCGGCAUCACCAUAUAUGCAAGUUCCUUUGAAGUGUACUGAGACACCAUGGGAAGGGUAGUAUAUUUAAGGUUCAGUUUCUUUAAACAUUACAUAACCUUAAACAGGCAUAAUGGCACAAAUAAAAACAUUUUAAAAAUAAAUGUUUGUAAAAUGAGUUGGGUCUCGCAUUCUAAAUUCCAUUAAUAUUUACUUUUUUAUUGACCCUUUUUUAUUGUGUGGACGUGAGUCUACCAGGGUCGUCGGUUGGAAUGUGAUUGGUAGAAAACUGGGUGGCUGCAAUAUUUUGGGGGUGGUGGUAGAAGAUCUUCAGAAGUGAAACAAGGUGGUUUGCCCAGCCUGGCUAGCUCUAUGACGCAAAUGAAAAAAAAACAAAUUAACGGCUCAUUAAUAAUCAGCCACCGCACAAUUUCCUGCAAUGAAAUGUCAUUCAGGCGAAUUUUAAGCUGAAGCGAAAAUUCUGAUGGCAAUUUCUUGUGCACUUCCGGUACUACCUGAGAUGAUGCAACAUGACGUUGCAGUACAGCUGUGCCUCCACUUUUGCAAACCACUGAGUGCGGAAGUUGGAGUUGUGAGUGGACGAUAAAUUGUCAAGCACAAGACAGUGCCAUUCUUCUUCCAUCUGGUCCAUGACUGUAUGCCAUACUUGGCGGCCAGUAAUGCACAGCUAGUGCUUGCUGUCAUGCUUAUGCGGACGUCCCACGUCAGUGAAAUGGUGAUGGCUGAGGAGUGAGGAACUGGAAAGCUUUUUGUUUGUACCAGCCUGGUUAUGAUCCUGUUUGCGUCAUCUAAGGAGCCUAAGAUAAUUGCUGCUUGCUCCUUUCCCAAGGAGGUUCUAACCGCUAGCCUUGCACACUUUUGCCCAAUAAUACCUACAUUUGCUGUGGCCCCGCAUUGACAUAAUAAAGCGAAAAAGGUGCAUUUCGUGCUAUUGUUAGUGGCGAUUGAACUAUUCAUUGCCACUUGCGUAUUCAAAAAGUCUUAAAGACGUGUUCAUCCGAAACAUUGGCUUAUUAGCACUCUCAUGGGCAGUACACAGCGCCAUUUUUUUUUUUUUUUUUCAACAUUGUGAUCGGGAGAAGCUCUGUGGUCCUCAACACAAGCUGCAAAAGUCCUAGUUCAAUGAAUUUGAAACGUCAUUGCAAAGAAUUCAAUCAUUCAAAUACACUUCCAUAAACAUGCCACCAGGUGGCCCUGUGAUGUCUUGCUUUUGUUUCUGCAAGUGUGUCGCCAUUGCAUAUGGACUAUAAGCCAAUGUGUGUCUAGUUCAUACUAAUGAAUAAUUUGCUUUGUGCAUUGCAUUACCUUAUGAAACGCUGACUUAUCAUGGCCUGCCACUGUGAACUAGAUUGCGUUAUAUUUUACUGCUUUUGUGCUACCUAUGUGAAACUGCUUUACAUUCGUGUCAAGUGUCAGUAAAGAAAAGAGUUGUAUUAGGAGUGACAAAGUUUAUAGAAAAGGCUACACGUGUUUUUUGAUUAUCAGGUGUUGCUCUUCCGUUUUUUCUUUUCUCAUUGCACAAUAAUAUUUAUUUCUUAUUUAAUGAAAGUGUUAAUGGAAGAGUAAAUCAAAGGAAUAGUUUUUGUAUUUCAUUUUUUUUUAAUUUAGGGAUUAGUAGCAUCAGCACGUGCAUUCUGUGACACUGCAAACAGGCUGGUGAUAACAUAACCAUUCCAGUCAUGAUUUAUGAAAGUGGCACAAGGUGAGUUGACAUUAGUCAGACGUCAUAUCGACUGUGAAACAUCUAUGCUGUAGACGCCACAACAGAUUGGAUGCACAGUUUUUGUUACCCUGCUAUGGGCGUGUACAAUACUGUUAGAUAUAUAUAUUAUUUUCUGAGUUGCAGAAUUCUGUAGGUAUGUCAUUGCACUAUGCCAGGGUAUCAAUGGCGUGAUCUUGUACACAAUCCAAAUAAGCACGGAGGUGUUCCAUUCUGUCGAGGUGCAUGCAAUUAAUCAGAUAAUGUCAUGGUGCUAAUCAAGGCUGACAUAGACCGAUUGCGUGAAGCUCGAUAGAACGGAACCCCUCUGUGCUUAUUUGGAAUGCGUACAAGGUUGCACCACAAGUGUCCAUUUUGCUUCGUACAAGCAUUCAGAAAAAAAAAAGCACCUACAUGAAUUUCAGCUCGGUGAAGGCAUUAUAAUAAGGGUAAAUGUUGGAGCUCACUAUUAAAUAUUUUUCGUGCCCUUCAGUGGUGCAUAAACUUGUAUUAUUUGCUUGGCUUUUCUUUUGUCUGGUUCACAUUAGCCAUGUCUUAAAAUGCUAACCUGUACUUCAGAAAGAGUCACAACUUUUUCUGAGUGUCAUCAGAUAUGUAGCAUGUAACAGAUGUAGCAUCAGAUAUGUAGGCUGUAAGCAUAGUGAAGAAGGGAGUGAAAAAAUAACUUACAUAACAUGAUAUUCUCGGUGACGUAAGAAAGUGUGCAGAUUCUUCCACAUGAUAAUCAACUUAAUUUUGCAUCAGUUAGCCUAAGGAGCUGCAAACAGAAACUACCCUCUUCUUAAAUGAGACAUAUAUAGCUGCAUAAUGUGUCACUUUUGGGUUAGCUGCUUGCGCUUGGCUUCCACACAGCCACCUGAUUUUUUGAACUCGGAUCAAGAGGAGGUCAAGGAAGGCGUGUGUUGUGUAAUCAUUCAUGUUAUGAAUGCAUUACUUGAUCAAGCAGUGAACUCUCCCUUGUGUUGCAUAAGCUGAGCAGUGUUUACAAGGCUGGAUUAUUAUAAAAGUAUAGGAAAGGUUACUUAGCAGCUUCAGCUAUGUUACUUUUGUGGAAAGGAAUACUUUUGGGUGUGUGGAAGGUGUCAUGCUUGAUGCUGCAUUUUAUAGUGCUUUCCUCAGUCACCAGUAAACUAAUUCGAUAACGAUAGUGCGUAGCUUAACUGUCUGUGGAAACAUGCUGCAGCAUAGCAUAAAGCAGAAAGUUUCCCGCUUUUUUUUGCAAGCUUAGCGCUGCUUACCAGAGCAGAAAACAGUCGUUCCUAUAAAACCUUGAUCACUAGAAAGUUGGUUCGAUGAACUUUUGAAACUUGCUCUUGUCACAAUUUAUAAAGGUUUUAAUGGUGCGACAUUGUCAUGGGAAAAUCCCAACCAAACGAAGUGCCUUUAUUAUUCAAGUGUAGUAUGACCUAAUGAAACCAAAAUGAGAAAACGUGGUAAGCAUUCCUAGCCAGUGCCAUGAAAGGGUGUUGGUUACGACAGGCACACACUUUGUUGUCAUAAAGGCGAUCGUUGUCACACCAUCGUCUGAUAACUCGUCUAAUGCACAUAACACUCGCACAUAUUUGAUCAGUGGCACAGCAUUUGUUGGUGCUACCGAUGGAUGCUUGUGAAUGUAAUUAGCUCAGCGUUUGGAUGGCAGUGCCUCGUUUGGCACCCUGUUGGCAUUCUAUUCUGUUGCUUUCAGAAUGUAGUCACAGGGUCCCUCUAGUGCAAAGGUAUCCCAAGGUAUCCCACAUCUUACAACCUAGUCUUCCUUGACGAAGACGUAUGUAGGGAAACAUUGAAGGUUUAGAUGAGAGGGCAGGACAUCUGGGUCGGUCCUUUCGUGUUUAAUGCACACAUUUGUGUCUGUUCCAUGAAAGUCCUUUGUGUGUCGUCUAGUGUGAUACACCAAGCUUCCAAUGCUAUAGCUACAAAAGAUGUGUGUGUCUUUGUCGUGAGUUGACAUAUCUUUUGUCGUGUGUUCUUCGCAGUUCCAUAAAUGAGGAAACAAUGACACCCUCCCCUCCCUAAACCUCUCAGUACUGUGUCAUACAAUGAGUGUGAGUUUCAAGAGUUGUCUGUUCUUUGACAUAGAAACCAUCGUCAGGCCUUAACACAACACAAGAGUUAAUUGUGGCCUUGCAAAACCAGCCUGUGUGUAGUUUGUUGAGUAAUUUUUUUCUUUGUAGCAUCUGCCAACAUUUUACCGCUAUUUCAGUUUGUUCAAUUUUGUUAUAAGCUGUGUACAAACAUGCAUUUACCUCAGCUGUUUGUCUAUCAAAGCACACAUAUUACUUGUGGGAAAAGUGCUACCCUCAGCCUGCCUUACGUUUUACCUGUAUUGUAUGUGUAAAGUUCAUUCCCAAGUAGCUACAAAGGGUGUUUUCUCGCGGGCAACAUCUUGAAAUCUUGAGGUCAAGAACUGCCCGUGCUUGAAAGCCUGGCUGAUGUUGGUGCAGACUGUUUCAAGAUGCUUGUUUGUAUGUCAAGGCAAGGUGUUUAAGUGGGACGUACUUGGAUGUUCAUCAUGGUAGCACUUUUUUUCUUGUGCAUAGUGUUAUUAGAGAAUACGAAUUGUGUGCUGCUGGCAGUUUGGAUUUCUUUUCUAUGCUGUCAAGUUGAGAAUACCCAAGUUAUCUGUCAUAUGCACCUGGUCAUUUGUUUGUUGAUUUUUGUCCAAGUCGUGUGAGUGUGUGCCAAGGCUUGUGGAAAUCGGGAAGAGGAGGUGGGUCGUGUAAGCUAGGGGAACUCGCUUAUAGUCUCAAAUAUUGUGAACUGCCGUAAAAUUUGCUCAAAGCAGCAUUCCCGGGAAUGUUGUGUUUUGUUUAGCAGCCCAUGGGCGGAAGAACAAUGCUAACUUGCCACAUUGCAUGGGAUACACUGAGUAAUGUACUCAAAAAGACAGAAAUGAAAGGGUAAAGGCACUUUAAUGUUUGGUAAGGAGUUCUCAUCUGGAUUAUGAUCGUGGGAUGAAUACGAUUAUGAUUCUAUGGCCACCUAUUGUCCUUGAACUGUAGAACAGUGCAUUUAUAGUUUAUGAGCCAGCAACCUCACGUACGAGCAGUGACAUUGGGGAGUGCACGCCUGUUGGGUGGCCACCGUACGUAUCCCCUUGGCACUGCCUAAGUUAUCUUGCAAAAGCUGCAAUUCUGAACAUGCAGAACCAGACAGGAAACUUUGUGCCGCUCAGGAAGCAUGUAGAUUUGAAUGGCAUUUCUUGCAAACACCGUUUAGGCUUUCUAUUCUGGUUUCAAUUGCUGAAUGGAAUGCACAUUUUUUUGCCAUUAUUGAAGUAUUUAGCUCGUAACGUAAAGGAACAUUACCUCAUGCUGCUGCCGUGCAUUUAGCCACUGUUCUUCCCUCAUGGACGGAUACAUGCAUGCGUCCAAGGGCUGUGCUGCGCUGUUUCUUUGUCCUUUUUUUUUUCCUACAUUCCUGCACAAGCCUGUGCUCCAAGAUUCUGCCUCCAGUAGAAUUUUGUGUCCAUGCAUUACCAGCUGUGAUGACUUAGCCUCGUCUGUGCAACGAGAUUAUGAGGUUCACCGUGAAACAAGAGGAAAGACUGGAAAAAAAAGUGCGAGAGGACUGACUGCAGGCAGCAUGCGUUCUUGUCUUGUGUUGCGGCUGCAAAAAAACUUACCAGAUGCGCCUCAUUUAAGAGUUGAGAUGUUGGCUUUCCAGAACUAGUCAUGUGGUUUAGAGUGGAGAGGGAGCAGCGGAGUUGGCAUUUGCAAACAAGAUUUUUUUUAAUCAUUAUUUUGCCUUCGAUCCCCACCUCACAUUAACAUUAUUUUGGUCUUGGUCUAUAUUGCAACAAUGUCUGCUUGGAGUGUGUUGAUUGUUGGCAGAAAAAAAAAUUAAAAAAAAAAACUGUGGACAAUAUUGCUAGUGCAGCUGUAACUGUUAGUGACCACUGUUGCAGCUGACAUUGCUGUUUUUUUCUUCUUUCUUUCCUUAUUCCUACUGUCAAUGAAAAUAUGAGCAUUGCAUUCCUUGUGCCAGUGUCGAUGCAAAUGCACAUAUGUUACACGUACUUGAUAAUUUUUGUCUGAGAAGCAGGGUGGUGAUAACAAUGAUACUCUUACCUCUUACAUUUAAAAAAAAUUGCAAUGUACUUGUUUGGUAAAUGCAAGCUGAAGCAUUGAAAAUGUUCUUUUCAUUUCUUUUUAUUAGUCAACACACUGGAAGUAAACCUCAAGUGUCCCAACCUUUGUAUCUGACUCUGAUGACCUAUGCAUUUGGCUUGGUUUCUUGAGUAGCUACAAAGUAGAUAAGAUGUUUUAUUAUAUAAUUAUUAUUAUUAUUAUUAUUAAAUAUACAAGUUUAAACUGC